AUGGCGCGCUCCCUCCCUCCCCUCCUCCGGCGUGCCCCUCCCCUCCCUCUCUGGUGGCAGAUCCGGCGCCCCUCCCCCUUCUUCCCCGCGGUGGCAGAUCCAGUCGCGCCGGGGGCGGAUUGUGGAAAGCUGAUCAUCAUCGCGAACAACUGCCCUCCACUUAGGAAGUCUGAGAUUGAGUACUAUGCUAUGCUGGCCAAAGUUAGCGUGCACCAUUUCCAUGGAAACAACGUUGAUCUUGGCACUGCCUGCGGCAAGUACUACAGGGUGUGCUGCCUCAGUAUCAUCGACCCAGGUGACUCAGACAUCAUCAGCACCACCCCUGGCACCCAGUGA